AUGCAAAGCGACCCUACCGGUUCACCGUGCGGACCAGUCGGGAAAGCUGACGAGAUACAAUAUGCUCAGCGAGGGUCAAAUGCUCCUCUUACCUUCCGUCUCCCUUCACAACGAUAUAUCAACACAACUGCCAUGAAAUUCAGCUUGCAAGCUAUCAUAGCUACAGCAACUCUGGCCCUAACCGUUUCCGGCAUGGCCUUGCCCGCUGCUGAGACUGCUGCGGUUGUCGGCUUUAACCCAAUGCACGCCGAUGCUACCGGCUCGGCCUGA